AUUGUGUUUGGCCUAAUCGGUCGAGACCAAAUCUCGAUACAUCUUGAAACUAAUGAAAUAUUGUCGUCAGUUCUGAUGUCAGAAGGCCUGUAUCUGCAGAAACAUCUUGAUCUAACUUGGACUUAAUGCUAGCGGCUAUCGGGAUUUAUUUAAUUCAAAGGUGGAAUAUUUCCAUUAACGCUGGUGGCGCGUGUGCGAACAUUGUCAUAAUAUCAACAUAAUGAUGUUUGUUUUUUAUCCAGUAAUGUUUUAUUCAUACAAACGAUAUGACUUGAAUGUCUAAUGUUGCUGUCCAUAUUCUGCGUGUUAAAAUCGGUAUGAAAACCUACAAAACUAGAAUACUCACAAUAGCUUUAACGCUUUGUGACACGAUAAAUAUUGCAUCCAUUUUUAGCUGGAUUCGGCGUAAAACUAAUAUUUUCGUUUACACGCGCUUGUAUCUGCUUUUUGGAGAUAUCUUUGAGGGGAACAGAUAACAGAGAAGGCAUUUAAACGCAUACCAGAAUCAUCGAUUAAAACUCAAGGAUAUUUUGUUCCUUCUACGUUUUCUCCAGUCAAGAUUAUAAACUUUACCAAGAUCUAGCUGAGGCGAAAGGAAAUGCUUAAUGUGUGAGUGGGGAGAAUGUACACAAAUAACAACUUGGAUUAACCCGGAGACUGGCACUUUUCAUAAAAAGACGAUCUGUUUUGUUUUAACUCAGGAAACAGAGCUAUAUAACAUCUCAUCGAGCGGUGUUCUGUAUUCAACCUGGAGUUGAGCUUAUUAAUUACUGAUUGUGUUUUAUUCUUCCGGGGAAUAUUCUGUGAUUUCCAUGUGUUUUAAAACCCCACGUGAUAGCGUUAAAGCCUAGGGUUGGUUCAAUUAUAGGCUCUAGACCUGAUUUAAACAUCGAUUUCUUUACAUGACUUAUCUCAUGUUUUAUUCCAUUGACAAACAAUGCCUCUUUUUAUUGCAUUCACUCUUUAGAUUAAUCUAAUGUCAAGUUGUAAUGUUUAAAAACACCUACGCAGUUUGUCCAAAAGUCGGUGAAUAUUAAAACAGCUACAGGAUGCCUCUCCGAUACUUCUGGAAAAAUAAGCAGGUGCAUUUACAAUCAAAACAUAGAGGUGUUGAUUGCAUAACCAUAAAUAUUUAAUUGCAAGAAGAACAAUUGCUUUGCUUAAACAGCACAUAACAAGUGAAGAACAAGGAAUACUCAUUGCAAUAUACAGUAUUAACAAAGCAUUUAAAGCAUAUUAUUUAAUAGCAGAAUCGUCUUUUAACCAAAGCAUCAUUAUGAGUGAAGAAGUUAUUGGAAAAAUUAAAGACAACUAGCAGUGGAACGUCAUCAGAAUCUAUGCACGAGGCUGUAUUCGGAAUAAUUGUGUUCAGUAUCAACGGAGAAGGAAAACCAGGCUCCGAAUGUUGGAACCUUUUUGUGGGAUUAAUACUUUCAUUGAGACGAUGUCGGUGAAGCUUGGUGAUACUUGUUGAAAGCGUAAACGUGGGAAACAAAGGCUCGUAUCUGACGAUCUGUCAUCCGUUCCACGCUACUUGGCUUUGCUUUGGAUGGGCGUACAGCGCUGGAGAUAUAGACAGCCUACAAGGUUUAAUACAUUCUUGAUGUGUUUUUGUACAAUAUUGUACGGUUGUUUAAAAGGUGGGAUUUCUCAAACCACAAGGAAGUAUAACGUAAACACUACAGUCAUUUUUAUUUUUACUACUGCCAGUUUUAGUGAGUUAUAUGGAAUGUGCGUGGAUAAACGCGCUUGAUCAGUUUCGUGGUUUUACUUGGAUUUUAAAUGACAAUAUCGACUGGAUAGUUUGCUUUAAUAACUAACUUAAAUUUGCUUAAACAACAUUAGAUGGAAUACUUUGUGCUUUACAAUGUGUGUAUUGGCCAUACCAGUGCCAUGUUUACAAAUAUUUAAAAAUCGAUCGUGUUUGCUCCGAUUCGGUUAAUUGCCUGUCCAAAUACGCUAUCAGUAUAUAGGACGGUGGUACAUGAAUUCAGGCAAACUGGAUUCGCCACACGCCGCGCUGGGAAGACAGCGUAGGGCUUACCGUCCCCGACUUCUGUUUAAGCGCUCACAGAGCAAGGGCUCAAAUGUCGGGAUGACGGAGGGAGCGCCGGAAAGCGACCCGCUCCCUCCUACCACUCGCGAAGAGUACGACCGCACGGAGAAAUGGCUCGACGACCACCCGGACUUCGUGCACGACUACUUCGCAAGAAAGGCGAAGCGGAGUAUGAUAGACGGGUGGUUGAUAUCGCACGCCAUAAAACACACGGCCGCCGGCUUAAUGCAGUCCGACGGAACCUCUUCAGCAGGAUCAAAGAAUAAUUCGAAGAAUAAUUCUGGAGCUAACACACCUGUUCGGAAAAUAUCUGCUCAGGAGUUUGAGAAAGGUGGAAUUUUGAACCCUAUGGUUAGCAUGGUGGAAGGAGUUACGACUUUCCUUAGCCCGUCUCCAACGGCGCAAUCCCCCUCCGCGGGGCGGCUCUUUAACCGCAGCCGGAGCGAACUGAAGGAGUUGGACGAAAAGGAACUGAUGUACGAACUUGUUAUAGAUAUAUGCAAUGACUUGGAUGUUACAAGCUUGUGCUACAAAAUCCUCAACAACUGUUGUACAUUGUUAAAUGCCGAUAGGUGUUCUAUGUUUCUCGUCAAGGGAAAGGGUACUAACGAACGCUACCUCGUCGCUAAGUUGUUCGAUGUGAACGGAAGAGCAUCCCUCGAGGAGCUAUCGAACGGGAAAGAGGAGAUACGGGUACCGUGGGGUAUGGGAAUUAUCGGGUACGUCGCCAAGACGGGAGAAGUUGUCAACAUACCAGAUGCAUACAAGGAUCUUCGGUUCAACGCGGAAAUUGACAUCCGGAUGGGCUACAAAACACAAAGCAUCCUGUCCAUGCCGAUCAAGGACAGCGAGGGCGAGGUGAUCGGUGUCGCACAGGCGGUCAAUAAAGUGGUCAACAGAAAUCUGCCCUUCAACGAACACGAUGAAAAAGUGUUUGCCUCGUACCUCGCUUUUUGUGGUAUUGGCCUGAAAAAUGCUCAACUAUACGAAAGAUCUCUUUUGGAAAACCGACGAAGUCAGGUGUUAUUAGACCUGGCUCGUGUGAUAUUCGAGGAGCAGAGUAACGUAGCUAAUCUCAUACAGAAGAUUAUGAUGCACACACAGUCCCUACUGCAAUGUGAGAGGUGCCAGGUCAUGCUAGUGGACGAGUCGACCAAGGUCGUUAACUAUUCUGGUCGUCACGAUGAUAGAAGAUCAAGUAAAAUGGGUAUAUUUUCUCAGGUUUAUGAUCUGGCAAUGGAUGACUUCGACAACAGCGAAACUUACACGAGAGAAGGAAAAACGCCUAAAAUUAUUAUGAGUAAAAGUCCCGCAGAACCUCGAUUUCCUAUUCAGAUCGGAAUCACAGGUCACGUGGCUUCAACUGGCGAGCCUUUAAAUAUUCUUGAUGCAUAUAAAGACUCGCGCUUUGAUCCAACGGCUGACGAAGAGAGCGGGUUUCGCACACGGUCAAUCCUGUGUAUGCCAAUCAAAAACGCGGAGGGGCGGGUUGUUGGUGUUAGUCAACUCAUUAACAAGAAAGACGGCACGUCUUUCACCAAAAACGACGAGAAUCUCUUUGAGGCAUUUGCAAUAUUCUGCGGGAUGGGGAUCUACAAUACUCAGAUGUACGAGACGACGGUGAAGGCGAGCGCCAAAAAGCGCGUAGCUCUAGAGUGUCUCUCCUACCACGUAUCAGCCUGCCCAGUGGACACAAACAAACUCAAGAACGCUGUGAUACCUACGACGACAGACUACCGGCUGCUGGAGUACGGGUUUAACGACGCCGGGCUGGAUGAUGAUGACACGCUCAAGGCCAGUGUCCGCAUGUUCGUUGACCUUGACCUUCUGGACAAGUUCAGGAUCAAUUAUGAGACGCUGUGCCGCUGGCUGCUUUCCGUCAAAAAGAAUUACCGCAACGUGACGUAUCACAACUGGCGUCACGCCUUCAACGUCGCACAAACUAUGUUCUGUUGUCUGAAGAAAGGUCAACUGGGCCGGUAUAUGAACGACAUGGAGGUGUUCGCCCUGAUUGUGGGAUGCUUGUGUCACGACCUUGACCAUCGGGGCACCAACAACCAGUUCCAAAUCAAAGCUAUGUCGCCUCUGGCGGAGCUGUAUUCUACCUCGACGAUGGAACAUCACCACUUUGACCAGUGUAUCAUGAUAUUAAGCACGGAGGGUAACGAGAUUCUUUCUGGGUUGCCUCAGGAAGAGUACGAGAAUGUUAUCGGUCUACUCGAGUGUGCAAUUCUAUCAACCGACCUCGCCCUCUACUUCAAACAUCGUGGGGAGUUUUUCCAACUGAUAGAGGGUAAUGGUAUGGACCUAGACACGGAGGAACAUCGCGACCUCCUUCGUGCUAUGCUCAUGACCGCCUCCGAUGUGUCCGCAAUCGCCAAACCCUGGGAGGUGCAAAAAAGGGUGGCCGAUUUGAUUGCCAGCGAGUUUUUUGAACAGGGCGACUUGGAAAAGACCCAACUGAAGAUAAAACCUAUCGAAAUGAUGGACCGAGACAAGAAGGACAAACUUCCGGUGAUGCAGGUUAAUUUCAUCGACACCAUUUGUUUGCCUAUUUAUAAGGCUAUGGCCAAGCUCCAGCCAGACCUGAGACCCCUGCUUGACGGCUGCCAGCAUAAUAGAGAUAACUGGGAGAAACUGGUGCAACAAAUCAACAAGGCAGAGAGUGAUCCCGACCAGAGAGAGACCGUCAAGUCGCACAGCUGACAUAAGUUCAAGUGUGGCCUGCUCUGAAUGGUUGAAUGGUCCAUGGGGAAGUUGGACUUAUUUCUCGCCUCCGAGUUAGUAAAGACACAUUCAGCGAGCAAACAGAAUCACUACACUCACAUUGUGAUCUAUAUGCAGUUAACCAACAGUUGAAUGAAUAUGUGAUAUAACUACGAAGCACUAGUGUUGGUAUAACGUUUAUGUGUGGAAAAUUUACAACAUGGUUUGACAAUGUUUAAAUGGGUUGUGAUUUACAGUCUUGUUUUGGGAACAAUUUCAUAAAAGACAGUGCUAGAUGUGUUAUUUUAUAUUUUUGAAACGGUGAUUUUGGCACGAGCAUUUUUGGUUGUAUGAUAGAGAAAGGACUUGACAAAAAGAAAACUAGAUUCAAUAACGGCAUUAGUAGAAAACACCUCAGGAAGGAAAGGAAUAUCACUUUGUGAUUCAUUUAUGUAUACUAACGUUAUGGAAGAACGACAAAGGGUCGCAUGAAAGUAAAACACUCGCAUGUUUGUUUGAUCACAAUCAAUGAAAGGCCCAUGGACUUACGCAGGCCACAUUAUUCUUAAAAGAACUAUAACGCCGACAUAUAGCUGUGACGGCUGUGACUUUUUAAAGCUCUGAAUAUAUAAAUAGCUAUAUUAUUCAUAAAUAGUAUAGAAUUUUAAUCGCAUCUCAUUCAGUUGAAGACCAAGACUUUUGUUUUAUGUGACUUGUACUAUAAAGCAUUUUAUUGACACAUUUGUUUCAAAUGUCCAUAUCACUUUUGCACCAAAUUACAUUUUUGUUUUGUUUUCUGUGAUAUAUCACAUGACCGUGCGAGAUUUAUUGUUGUAUUUCUUUUAAUAUUUCAUGUGCAUUACACAGAAUAGUGAACUAUUUUAUUAUUCUGUGUUGAAGCAUUUUCUUCUAGCGAUGAUUCCUUUGUAUGAUUAUUCGUAUUAUAUGAAGCAUGUUUAUACCGCAUCAAAACUUCUGCGGAUAAUGACCAUUUUCGGUCCGUUAAAGUAAUCUUUUUAAAACAGAUAAAUCCUUUUAAUUCAGCGAAUAUUUAAGCACAUUCAUGAAAAUAUCUUCUAAGAUUACAUCUAACAAAGUUAAUUGAAUUUCAAAAAGUAAGAAUUUUUCGUACCUGUGUAGCUUAUUUUGCGUAAUAAUGCCUUAAUAUAACUGUGAUAUUAUGUACAGAAAUCCUUUGUUUUAUCUUUAAAACUAGUGCGACUUUAUUUAAAUGUAUAUAAAUAAUAACUGCGUUUGAAUUAAUUUAAAAUGACAGUCAUUUUCUAAUAACAAAACGUUCUAUGUAAAAGUUAAUAUCUUCGAAGACUGUUGUAUAUUAUUUCUAGUUAGUGGUAAAACAUUUUAACAUAUUCAAUUCAAAACAAUGGAAUCGAACUUCUCUAUAUUUAAGCCUUUUAAAUGAGCGUUUCGCAAACUAUUGUAUAUUUGGUAACUGUAGGAAAAAGCGCAAGAUUACUUUUCUUGCGUUUAUUUUUUUUUCAUACAAUUUGCAAAUAAAAUUUUCGUUUUGUAAGUAAAAUAAUUAGAUUUUUUUAAAUAUAAUUCAUUGAAUUGUUUAAGUCAUUCAGUGUUAUAUAUUGUCGUUGUGAUCGGCCCACUGGAUUUUUAUUAUUAAACCAUGCCGUAGGGGUCAAUGCAAUUUAAAUUUGUUGGUAUUAUUAUUCAUUUUUUUACCUCUCUGUAUUAAGAAAAAGGCUCUUAGUAUCGAUGUUUUUAUACAGGUAAAGACAAUAAACUUGCUAAACCAU